GUGCUCUGCACAAUUUUAUCAAAGCUGCCUGCUAAAGAGAUUUCAAGGGCCAGCGUUUUGUCAAGAGAUUGGAGAUAUGUCCCCGAUAUUUGCUGCUACAAAUUAUGUUUCACUAGUGCUGCUGGGUGUUGCCGUGAUAGUUUUCAAAGGAAAGACAUGCAGAAAUUCAUCAGUAAUGUCAAUGCAGUCGUGAGAAAUUGCCAUGGCAAGGUGGUUGAAGAAUUCAAUGUCAAAUUCGAAUUUGACAUCAUGCUGCUUGCUCAUCUCAAUAAUUGGGUCGAUUUUGUUGUGUCAUCACAGGCAAAGAACAUUGCUUUCUACUUACGUCCUGUUAACAAGACAGUUUGGGAUGUUGGCCGUUACAUAUUUCCAUUUCAUCUCAAUAUGUACUCAAAGCCUAAGUACAUAUUUCCAGUUUGGGAUGUUGGCCGUUACAUAUUUCCAUUUCAGCUUUGUAUCUUUCAGACCGCCAUCUGAAUUCUGUGAUUUUCCAAGCCUAAGAAAGCUUGACCUGGAAUUCGUGGAUACCACCAGAAGGGAUCUUGAAGUUGUAUUGUCCAACUGCAUUUAUCUUAAAUGGCUAAGCUUAGUCAGAUGCUUCCUGGAUGACGAACUAAAGUUGGAUCAUCCGUUGUCCCAGCUUCGACACCUAACAGUUCUACGGUGUAGGGUAACCAGGAUUGAACUUCGAGUUCUGAAACUUGAUACCUUUCAGUAUGAUGGAGACACCGUUCCUAUUGUUAUAAAUCAAGACGCAAAGCUGGAAAAUGCAGAUAUAUGUUUCUCCAAGAGAAAUUUUCAAGAUACCGUCAGUGCACUUCUCAAUGCUAUUCCCCGCGUGCGAAAUCUGACGUUACAAACUUUUAACCCACUGCUAGAGACGCAAUAUCUAUUGAAUAGCACGGACAAGUUUUCCCGUCUUAGGUGCUUACAGUUGUUAAUAGGUAUAACAUCUGAAGAUGCCGUCAAGCUGCCCAAUGUGGUUUCCAUUCUCAGGGCAGCUCCGUUUAUUGAGAAGUUAGAGAUCCAUAAAAACUUACUUAAUGGGAAUGGCGAGCUUCGCUAUGCAACAUUGACUCGGGCUCUCAAGCAGGUUGGCUGUGGAAUUUCCUGGAGGUUUGUUGCUGGAUGGUGGGCCAUGUGA